AUAGUAUAACCUGAUAUUGGAAAACAGAAAACUGGAAAUCCAAACGGGCCCCUAAAUUUUUCUCGAAUUCUUUCGCAAGUUACACAGUUGCAUACACUGCAAAGUGAAGUCGCCGGAGAAAAACAAGAGCAAAUGAAGACAGCUGAAAAAGUUAUACUCCUGUUCGAAGACUCGGAUGGCUUCGCCGCCUCUAUUUCCGACGGUCUCCAACCUAACCCUACCUCUUCUCUCCAAACACUAAAGGAGUGUGUGGAUCUAUCAUUAGAGCAGUACGGAAUCAAAGAGAAAAUCUCUGUCAAUAUUACUCAUUUUGUUGAUUCAAAUGGCGUUUAUCAGGUGUCCAUAUUGCUUGUGCAAAAAUGUGAACCUCCAGUUCUUGCAUGUGCUGUCAAUGAAGCUAUAGCCUCGGUAGAUGGUGAAAGUCCGUCAAGCAUGCCUACUCUUAUUAUCCCUUUCCUAUUGCCAGAGUCAAAGCUGAAGCUGGAUGAUAAAAUUUUGUUAAAAAAUGUUAAUGCUGCUCUCCAUGGUAUACACACUGGUCCGGAUACAGAUACUAUUAAAGCCUUGGUCAAUAGAACUCAGAAGCUACCAUCAUCCUUGCAAAUUAAUCAUGAGGCCUUGGCAUGCUCAUUUCAGCUGGCUCGUGUAAUGAAUUUACCUACCUUCCUUCUUGUUGGACCAAGUGAUAAAAGCAAAUCCCAUAAAAGCUAUGAAGAAGAUUUGAAGGUACUUUGUGAGAUAGGAGAGGUUUUAGCAAGUUUAUCAUCCUUGUGCUUCGUGAAAGAGAAGAUAACUUGGACUCCGACUAAGACAUCAAGAGAGAGCAUGGAGCCCUGGCGUGCGUUGUAUAAUUAAGAUUAAGAUGUGUUUUUUAGCAUGAUAAGUAGAUUGCAAUAGUAACAAACAAUUGAUCUUGUUUCAACAAUAGUUAAGUCUGACUCUCCCAGCAGUUAUCUGCAGAAAACAGUAAUUAGAUCAGGGGCAGCCAUGCCUUCGGAUACAAUAUGAUUUCUCUUUUAUAUAUUUGCUUUAGCUAUCA